AUGCAGAAAAAUGACAUCCUUCUUCUUCAGAAGAAUUGCCCUCGCCUUCGUGAGUUGUUAGACGAGCUAGCUUUUUCCGAAAAAGUGCAAAAGAUUGAGUCUAUGCACAGUUCUUUGUUUUCUCUACUACGUGCCAAUACGGGCUUGGACUAUGUGAACGCUUCUAAUUUUUGGGUGAUAGAAGAUGACAUCACUUGCAUAAGGGCGCAUAAUCUUACCCUGCCUGCAUGGCUUACAGAUUCAAUUUUGGCAGAGAUCAAAACAGUCAACACGCUGUUUUGGGAGGUGAGUCAAUAA